AGGUUUCCCGGAUAAACAUGGCGGAUGCUAGACGUGACACCGAUCUUGAGAAAAGAAUUACUGAACAGGGUAAUUUAGUAAGAAAAUUAAAAGGAGAAAAAGCACCAAUUGAACAAACUUUACAAAUAUGAUUAGUAUCGUACGUAGUGUUCGUUUCUUCUCUAGACGAACUAUCCCUCAGGUGAGAAUCGAAAAAUGGACAAUGCAAAAAUCAAUGAGGAAGUUCAAAAGCUCUUGAAACUUAAGUCGGAGUUGCAAGAAAGAGAAGGACCUAAAAAAUUCGUCCUUAAAACUGGCAAAGGUACCCGUGAUUACAGCCCGAAGGACAUGGCGUUGAGGGAAAAAGUCUUUCAAGUUAUUGUUUCCACUUUCAAACGCCAUGGGGCUGAAACCAUAGACACUCCUGUGUUCGAAUUAAAAGAUACUCUAACCGGAAAAUAUGGAGAAGAUUCAAAAUUAAUAUACGAUUUAGCCGAUCAGGGAGGAGAAAUAUUAUCUCUUCGUUAUGACUUAACUGUGCCUUUUGCCCGAUACGUGGCUAUGAAUAAAAUUGAUAAUAUAAAAAGAUAUCAUAUUGCCAAGGUCUACCGAAGGGACAAUCCAGCUAUGACCAGGGGGCGGUAUCGAGAAUUUUAUCAAUGCGAUUUCGAUAUCGCUGGUCAAUUUGAUCCUAUGGUUCCUGAUGCGGAAUGUUUAAGAAUUGUCCAUGAGAUAUUGGGUGGCCUUGAUGUUGGUCCUUAUAUUGUGAAAGUAAACCAUAGAAAAAUUUUAGAUGGUAUAUUUGCCACCUGCGGAGUACCCGAGGAUAAAUUUAGGCCCAUUUGUUCAGCUGUUGAUAAGCUAGAUAAGACGUUCUGGGAAGAUGUACGUUUGGAAAUGGUCGAAGAAAAAGGUCUUGAUCCCCAAGUUGCCGAUCUUAUUGGUGAAUACGUUUCUCUAAAAGGAGGUGCAGAUCUUAUCUCAAAACUAGAAGCGGACGAGCGUCUCAUGGGAGAUAAAAGAACGGUUGAGGGUCUAAAAGAUAUGAAAUUAUUAUUGAAAUAUUGCCAACUAUUUGGCAUGGAGGAUCGUGUUUCUUUCGAUUUGAGCUUAGCUAGGGGGCUUGAUUAUUAUACUGGCGUUAUUUAUGAAGCUGUCUUGUUGGGUACAAAAGUUAAUGAAUCUUCUGACAGCGAAGUUGUUGGUGUUGGUAGCGUAUGCGGAGGCGGUCGAUACGAUAAUCUUGUAGGAAUGUUUGCUGCUAAGCAAAAAACUGUUCCUUGUGUAGGAUUGUCGAUUGGAGUUGAGAGAAUUUUCUCUAUAUUAGAGGCCAAGGCAAAAAGGGAGAAGUUGAGUGUUCGAACAACUGAAACUGAGGUAUUUGUUGCUGCUGCCCAAAAGAAUUUAUUAGAUCAGCGAAUGGAACUAUGCACUUUAUUAUGGGAUGCUGAUAUUAAAACUGAGCAAUCUUACAAGAAGAAUCCGAAAUUAUUAAAUCAAUUUCAAUACUGUGAAGAAAAUGGAAUUCCACUUUGUGUAAUUAUCGGACAGUCAGAGUUAGAGCAGAAAAUUGUUAAGUUGCGAAACGUUUCGACCAGGGAGGAGCGUGCAGUCCCAAGAGAAAACAUGAUUGAAGAAAUUAGGAAAGAACUAUCGACCUGUUUACAAAAAUAA